AGCUGCAUGCACGCUGUUGCACGGCACCUCCGUUAAAGCACCUCGUAAGCGCGUGCAGCUAGCUGGAUUAGCUACGUGAGCAGUGAACGUGGUGUUGCAGUCAUGGCAGAGCCGGUGGCAGCGAUGUGCGAGCAGCUCAUUAAGGCUGUGACCGUCAUGAUGGACGCGGAAUCCAAUCAGCGGUACCGACUGGAGGCUCUGAAGUUUUGUGAGGAAUUCAAAGAAAAAUGCCCGUAUUGUAUACCCUGUGGCCUUCAGCUAGCAGACAAAUCCCAGACAGCGGUGGUGAGACAUUUUGGUCUACAAAUAUUGGAGCAUGUUAUAAAGUUUCAGUGGAACAACAUGCCACAGCAAGAGAAAGUGCAAUUGAAAGACUGUACCAUGGAGAUGCUGACCAAUGGAACGUAUCCCAUCUUGGAGGAGGAGAGUCAUAUUAAAGACGCCCUUUCGAGGAUUGUGGUGGAGAUGAUCAAGAGAGAGUGGCCUCAGCAGUGGCCAGAUAUGCUGAAAGAGAUGGAAACACUCACUACAUUUGGGGAAACACAGACAGAGCUGGUGAUGCUGAUUCUGCUGCGGCUGGCCGAGGAUGUGAUCACGUUCCAGACUCUACCCCAGCAGCGCCGGAGAGACAUCCAACACACGCUGACUCAGAACAUGGACAGCAUCUUCAACUUCCUUCUGACCAUUCUGCAGCAGCAUGUGGACGAGUACAGAAAAAUGAAAGUAAUUCCAGGACAGGAGUUAAAGGCCAAAGCUCACUGCCGGGUCAGCGUGACCACCUUAAACACUCUGGCCGGCUACAUAGACUGGGUUGCGCUGGUUCACAUCACAAACAACAGCUGCCGUUUACUAGAGAUCCUGUGCUUACUCCUGAGUGAACCAGAGCUUCAGCUGGAGGCUGCUGAGUGUCUGCUCAUUGCAAUCAGCAGGAAAGGGAAACUGGAAGACAGGAAGCCACUCAUGGUGCUCUUCGAUGACGUGGCCAUGCACUACAUUCUGUCCGCCGCCCAAUCAGUGGAAGUGGGGCUCAGCGAGAUAAGAUACACCUUCCUGAAGAGGUUAUGUCAGGUGCUCUGUGCUCUAGGCAGUCAGCUCUGCGCCUUAGUGGGCUCACCUGCAGAAGUGGAGGUGUCUGCUAACCUAGGUAAAUACCUGGAAGCCUUCCUCGCCUUCACUACGCACCCCAGUCAGUUUCUUAGAUCUUGCACUCAGACGACCUGGGGAAACAUAUUCAGACAUGAGGUUUUAUCUAAGGAGACCAUUGUUAUACAGAUGGCUGUUAAAUAUUUAAAUGCAACCAUGACCAACCUUGUGAAGUCAGGAUUCCCAUCGAAGAGCGAUAACCCGGCUUGUGAGUACGCCCGCGUAGACUUCGACAGCGACGAGGACUUCAAUGCCUUCUUUCACUCUUUUCGGGCCCAGCAGGGUGACGUUAUUCGCCAUUCUUGUAAGAUUGCUCCUCUUGAAGCUUUCCAGAUUGCUGGGGAAUGGUUACAAUUUCAGCUCAACUCACCCCCCAACGCUGGAAAUGCUCCAUCUAAAACAGGAGAAGGGAUGUGCUCGACGUUUUCACCCGCAGCUGUACAGUGGGAAGCCAUGACCUUUUUCACAGAGAGUGUGAUGGGACAGCUUUUUAAAGUCUUGGAGAAGGAGAAGCUGCCGGUUGAUCAAGGCAUGGAGCUGCUGCAUGCCGUAGUGAACUACGAGACACGCGAUCCCGUCGUCCUGUCCUGCAUCCUCACCAACCUCUCCACUCUCUUCCCCUUCGUCUUGCACCGCCCAGAAUUUUUACCUCAGGUGUUCUUCAAGCUAUUUCCUGCCAUCACAUUUGAAGUGGUUGAAGAAAGCAAGGCUCCUCGAACUCGAGCGGUGAAGAACGUCAGGAGACACGCUUGCUCAUCCAUCAUCAAGAUGUGUCGAGAUUAUCCCGAGUUUAUACUGCCAUGCUUUGACAUGCUGUACACUCGAGUGAAGGAGCUUUUCACCAACGAGCUGCUGCUGACUCAGAUGGAGAAGUGUGCGCUCAUUGAGGCGCUGGUGCUGAUCAGUAACCAGUUUAAAGACUACAACAAGCAGAAGGCCUUCUUAGAGGAGCUCAUGGCGCCUGUAACGGCACUCUGGCUCUCGGAAGAGAUGUGCAGUGUGGUGUCAGAUCCAGCAAGCUUUAUUACGUUUAUUGGUGCUGAUCAGGUCAACAGUGACCCCGGUGCUGAGGAUCAGAUGGGAAUCAACAGGUCAAGGAUUAGUUUUUGUGUGUACACCAUCCUGGGUGUGGUGAAGCGAGCACGCUGGCCCGCUGACCUGGAGGAAGCCAAAGCCGGGGGUUUCAUAGUAGGCUACUCUCCUGCUGGAGCAGCCAUCUACAGAAACCCCUCCACAGAGCCCCUGCUGGCCCUGCUUCCAAAUCUGCUCACCCUCAUCAGGACUCACAACAGCUUAUUUCUACCAGAGAAUCUAUCUCGUCUCAGCGAGACCUUCAGCCGGGCGUAUGACGUCCUGGAUGUGGAGAAGAAUCUCAUUUUAGGAAUCUCUCAGCCGGUAUUGGACAUGUACGACUCUCCGGUGUAUAAAAGCGCACUAGAGCGGACGCAAGGCUUCUUCUGCACACUACAUGACAAUUGUUACCAUGUGCUAGGACAUGCUGGUCCAGCCUUGCAGCAGGACUUUUAUACGAUAGAGGGGUUGGCCGAAAAGCUGGUAGGAUCUGCGCUUAUUCAUCUGGAGCACGUUCCUGACCACAGGCUCCGCCCUUUGCUUCGGGUGUUCAUGAAACCGCUGGUCACUUCCUGUCCUCCGGAAUAUUACGAGAGUCUUGUCUGUCCGCUGCUCGGCCUUCUGUUUUCUCAUCUGCUCCAGAGACUGAACCUUCGGUGGCAGAUCAUCAACCAGAGGACUAGUGUAUGUGGUCCAGAUGAUGACGAGGCUUAUGAAGAGAAUCAGGUAUCUCAAGAGAUGCUGGAAGAUCGGCUUGUACGCUUGGCCACACGAGAGGUCAUGGAUCUCCUCUGUGCAUCAUGCAUAUCAAGGAAGCUGCCUGAACCAGCUACAAACAGAGAGGAUGCAGAUGGGGACGAGGAAAUGAUGGCAACUGAUUCUUCUCAACUAACUGCUUCACAGAAUUCAGAUGAGCUCACUGAACUGGGCAAGUGUCUCCUUAAACAUGAGGACAUCUACAUGAAUCUGCUGGCGAUCUCCUUUAACUCUCUCUCAUGGAGAGACACCACUAACUGUCAGCGAGCCGCUACCCUGAUCUGUUGGACUUUGUUGAGACAGGUGGUGGGUGCAAAUCUGCUUUCAGAUGCCGUGACGUGGUUGUACACCAGAGUGCUGAGCGGUCUGCAGAUGCAUGGCCAGCAUGACGGCUGCAGCGCAGCACUAACGCAGCUCGCCCUGCUCAUCUAUGAUGCUCUGCGGCCUCAAUACCCAGAGCUGCGUGCCAUCAUGAACCAGAUCCCCAACGUCCAACCUGAACUGCUAGAGCAGUUCGACCAGAAAACCAUCAACCCUGCGGCGCAGAAAGUUGGCGAAAAGAAGAGGAAAGACCAGUUUAAGAAGCUCAUCGCAGGAGCUGUGGGGAAACCGCUUGGGCAGCAGUUUAAGAAGGAGGUCCACAUCCGAAACCUUCCCUCGCUCUAUAAGAAGGUGAAGCCUAACAAAGACAUUGUGGUCAACAGCGAGAAUGCUGGAUUGGUUGCACUCUUUUCACCUGAACAUGAUGAUCAUUAGAGAGGUUUUUCUUUCUUUUUUUUUUUUAAAUAAACAAACACUUUAUUACAUCCUGCCUAACAUGCUGGGUGAUACAGGAUGAUUAAGGAUGAUUUCCUAUGUGGUGUUAACCACAUAGGAAUUAAAGGGAGAUUUGAAGUUCCUCUCCCAAAGGAAUAUAAAAGCAGAUCUCUCCAAUAGAAACUGAUGACAUGGAAAAUUUCCUGAGCUACAUUCCGUCAUUUUCGUUUCACAUGGGUAUUUUUUUUUGUUUGUUUAUUUUGAUUUUUUUUUUUUUUAACAAGUUUAGUGAAACACUAAUUGCGAUGAAUUGUUUGUGUACAGGAGGCAGUAUGUAAAAAGUGUUUUGUUUCUAUUUUGAUGUUUUUAAUAAAUGUAGAUUUGAAGGUC